AUGGGAUGCAUUGUGGGCCGAAGCCUCGGUCCAGACGAUACGGGGUACCCUGGAUCAGGUUUCAUGGCGGCCAUUAGGAAGAAAUUAGUAAUUGUAGGCGAUGGUGCCUGCGGUAAAACUUGUCUGCUGAUAGUCUUCAGUAAAGAUCAAUUUCCUGAAGUAUACGUCCCCACUGUUUUUGAAAAUUAUGUGGCAGAUAUUGAAGUUGACGGAAAACAAGUGGAAUUGGCAUUAUGGGAUACAGCAGGACAAGAAGAUUAUGACAGGCUACGUCCACUGUCGUAUCCAGAUACAGACGUAAUAUUAAUGUGUUUCUCUAUCGACAGUCCGGAUUCACUAGAGAACAUUCCUGAAAAGUGGACGCCUGAGGUGAAACACUUUUGUCCAAAUGUUCCGAUAAUUCUUGUCGGUAACAAAAAGGAUUUGCGUAAUGACCCAGGUACGAUUAAAGAGCUGGGAAAGAUGAAACAAGAGCCGGUUAAACCUGAAGAAGGACGAACUAUGGCGGAAAAAAUAAAUGCUUUUGCUUACCUCGAGUGUUCUGCUAAGAGUAAGGAGGGUGUUCGAGAGGUGUUUGAAACAGCAACAAGAGCUGCAUUACAGGUCAAGAAGAAGAAAAAGGGUAAAUGCAGGUUACUUUGA